AGCGCUCGCGACUCUACUCUGCCAACUCUACCUCUCCUUCUUCGUGCUCUUGCCUGCAGUUUCUCGUUCUCCGCGCGCGCAGUGCGGCCUAUUGUAAAUAACUGCUCUCGAGAGUUCGUCAACGUAUUUUGCGAGCGCGAGUGAAUCCGGCUUUGGUGCAUGUAUAUCGUGAUACAUCGUUGUGCUGUUUCGGUUGUUAUGAGUUUGUCCGUGGAAAAACAUCAGUUCUAGUAGCACAAGUGCGGUGCAGUGAAUUUCGACUCUUUGCGAAUACUUUGCGGUGCGUGAGACAAAGGAAGAAAUGAUCGUGCCCUGGCUGAUACUGCUGCUCUCGAGCCGGCUGCUCGAAGGUGGCGGCGCGCUCGAGGUCAACGAUUCCAAUCCCGUGGAGCACUUGCUGAUCCGGCGAUGCUGUCGUGCGGGCUACGACCUCGAGGACCCGCGAGACCCCGCGGCCACGAGAUUCCGCUGCGUGCCGAGCCCCGACUCGGAAUUCCGGCCCGAGAUCUACUCGCCCGAGCACGAGGAGUUCCUCACGGAGCCGCCGGCCCACUGGCAGAUCCUGGAGAACACGAGGCCGGCCUGCGUGGAGCCGCACGAGUUGCGCUACGUCGCCCGCAACCAGCUGAAUCCGUUCAUCGUGUUCGCCGACGGUUCGGCGAGGAUCGAGAUCAGCAGCGACGAGGCGCUGUCGCCCGAGGACUACUGCCUCGGCUCGAGGACGCUGUUGGCCUGCCUGCCGCGCAGGAACGACAGUCUGCAGGCCGCUGCCACCAUGAGGCAGAAGAUCAGGAAGUGUUGCGGCGAGAUGGCUGUUUACAAUAUCGAGAGAAACGCCUGCGUAGAAACGAGCGGCAAGGCCUCGCUCGAAGACGAGCAGAUCCUGCUUCUCGGCAGCAACGAGAAUAAUGGCAAAGUCGCGGCUUUUAUGGAGAUGAUCAGCGGCUCGCCAAAAAGUGGCUGCGACGGCAAUCUCACGAUAAUUGGCGAGGCGCGCUUCUCCGAGCUCCAAAGCGACGGCAGCAUCAUCGUCGCGAAACAUAAUAUUCCGGCCGAGGAGUUCUGCAUCGAGCGCGUCCAGGCUAAGGACAGCGCUGAUCUGCUGCCGGUUAAGGUCUUCGCUUGUCUCGAAUACGCCAACAGAGUAUCGGGAGUUCCAGUGCGAGACAUUCGCUUUACGUUGUACCCGGUAGGCUUCAUCAUAAGCGCCGUGUUCCUGGCGGCGACUCUGGCCACGAGCUGGCUACUGCCUGCGUCGCAUCACGUGCUGCACUGGAGAUGCCAGACACACCAUGUCGCCUGCCUCAUGCUCGGUGACAUCGCCAUGGCAAUCAUCCAGCUCGGCGGCACGUCUCUGCAGGGCGAAUUUUGCCGUAUUCUCGGUGAGUCCUUUUCUAAUAAUUCAUCUCUCUUGUAGCAAUCCUGCUCGAGGUUCAACAUGAGUUGCUGUGCAGAGUACACGCGG